UGUAGAAGAAGACAAACAUAUUCGAAAGAUGUCGGCGACCAGAGAAAAAGAUGGUCGACCAGGGAAACCUUCAGGAAAGGAAUCUCAACCUUUGAUUAUAGCCAAAACUCCGGCAGAGGAGCAGCGCCUUAAAUUGGAGAGAUUGAUGAGAAACCCUGAUAAACCUGCUCCUAUCCCAGACCGACCAAAAGAAUGGAACCCUCGGGCUCCUCCGGAGUUUGUGCGGGAUGUGAUGGGCUCCAGUGCAGGGGCUGGCAGUGGAGAGUUCCAUGUGUACAGACACCUUCGCAGGCGAGAGUAUCAGAGACAGGACUUCUUGGACAAGAUGACUGAGAAGCAAAAGAUGGAUUUGGACUAUCUUGACAAGGUGUCAGAUAACCAACAGGCAGCUGAUGAAAGAACAGCCAAACGCAGGAAGAAAAGGGAAAAGCUGAAGCAGAAGAAGCUUAUGGCAAAGAAAGCCAAGCAGGAAGCCAACAACGUUGAAGAUUCUGAGAAGUCCUCCUCCAGCGGUGAAGAGGACGACCAGGAGAGGGAGGCUGAGGAUGAUGCAGAGGCGCCCAGCUUCGUCAUGGGGAAGAGGUGAAUGCCUGCCACCGGGUCAUGAGACACGCUUCAGGAAGAAAUUGAACAGGGGGGUCAAUAUCGAAUACCUGUUUAGAAAUUAACACAGCUGAGCAACACAGCCCAGCUUUUAUCAAUGUCAUGAACUCCAUAGACAUCUGAGAAAGAACAAAGGGAGAUGAGCCUCUGUUAGGGAACUGACAUUCUUCCAAACUCAUGUUUAUAGUUUAGAGCCGUGUUACCUGGCCCUGGUCCUCGG